AUGGCGGCAAUGCCUCAUUCCUUCUACCCUUUCUCGCAUUACCUGUGCUUCUCUUCUUCGCCAAUUGCAGUGGUGAAGAAGAGUUCAUUGCAAUGUGGUGAAGAAGGGUUCAUUGGAAUGAUCCACAUCGCUCUUAUCAUUUUUCGUCUCAGAUCUACGUCACCAAGGCCUUCCAGCCAUCGUUGCUGCUCUUGUCGCAACACCACACCUCCGCCGCUUGCACCGCCGCCGUUCUUCCGCGUAGACGCACAAGAUCGUCGUCGCUGUUUGGGAGCUGAUUUGGCUAUUGACUACACAAAGGAGAACUUUGAAGACUUGCCAGAAAAAUUUGAUGUCGUUUAUGAUGCCACUGGUGAACUCUAUGAGCUUGAUGGAAGAAAGUCAGGACCAAUAUCUCAUGGCCCAUCCUCACCAAGUACAUUGUUAAAAGGAAGUUGCUUUACAUUUGAGUUUCAAAAUCUUUCAAGGGCUUUUGAUUCAGAGGCAUAAUACCAUUAACAUCAGCCUCUAUAACCAAGAAUGAGUUACGUGAAUUUUGGGACCAAAUUACAGAUCAGAGUUUUUAUUCAAGGCUUCAAACCUUCUUUGACAUUUUAGCUUUGGACACAUUAGAAUAUCAUAUUAGUUUGACUUCACAAACUCAUAUUCUUGUUGCUAUUUACCUCAACAUUGUUUCACAGAAGCAUGCUAUGCACAAAGCGAUGAAAAAUGUGCUUUAGUUAAUACUUUUCAUUUGCUCUGAAGAUAAGUUUUCAAUGUAGCAAUCAUAAACUUUCCAGCAAUCAAUAUCCACAUGAAAUCAUUCUGUUGUAUUACAGUUGCAUCAUGUACCAUUGUUGCAUAAGCCUGCAUUAAGUAGCCAAAUUCACUUAUGAUGCUUAGGCAUGUCACAUUUAAUUAAUGUGAGAAACUUAUGUGUCAAUUAUGUGCCUCUCUUUACAUUAAUGUUUUUAAAUUUCACUAAUCUAGUUUCUUUUUCAUUUUUCUCCCUUAUU